AUGCAAUCUAAACCGCAAACAUUAAUGUUGUUAAUGUUAUCCAUCCAUAGGUUGCUACUUCCUAGUUCCUACCAAAAUCAUCAUCACUUCCUCUCUACUCUCUCAUCCUCCUCCAAAUGACAUUCUCCGUAGCCACCACUGCUACAUGCGGUGGUGCAGGAAUCCUCUGCAACAACACAACCACAACAACACCACCAUACACCCCUCUCUCACACCUCACCCUCCCACCAUCAUCAUCAUCAUCAUCAUCAUCACCUUCAAGAAGAGCCCUUCACGUAGUUUCAGCUAAGAAAUCUUCUUCUCGUUCUAAAAGAAACCAACCACCAACAACAACAACUGUUGAUGAGGAAUUACAACCAAGGAGUGAUAUUGAAAUACCCUUUUACUCUGAUGAAGAUUGGCCAUUUGAAUAUAGACCUCCUGGUACAACAAAGGAACCUGAUUUCUUUGAAGGUGAACAGUGGAAUACUGUUGGGUUUAUUGGAGAGUGGUUGUGGGUUCUUGGUGGUCUUUUUGCGGUACUUGGUGGUGGAUUUGCAGCCAUAAAUUACAAUUCAGGAGCAUCAGAUUUUAAGGAAACUCCUGCAUACAAGGAAUCUGUUCAGUCUCAAGAACUUUUAGAACAACCUGAAACAUCCGAAUCAGAUGUAUUCGACUCCAAUCCUACAGAGGUAGCUCCUAGUUUGAACUAGUCUUAUUCAUAGAUACAACAAACAUACCUUGUUUUAGCAUAUAUGAAUCCAGGUGAAUGAUUUGAAACUUUGUAGCACUCAAUUUGUAAGGCAAUGAUGAUUUUGUUUGCAUAAACUCAGUUAAGUGUAUCGAUUCUGAGGCAAAAUGGUCAUGUUGGUGUUGCUUGUGUUAUAUUUUUUCGAUUCUUAGAAGUUGCAACUUUUUUAUCAAAUCAUUGUUGAAUGUUGAUGAUGAUGUUAUCUCCUAUAUAGAUAAAUACAUUGGAAUUUUAGAGAUGA